CCGCGUAACGUAGAUGAGGAGAAGCGUCCGUGGCUACCGUUAGCGGGGGGCUUCUAAUAAAACUCAUCCGCAGUGAGUCGCACUGCAGUGAAGAAAUGAUGGAGUCUUGUUUCGGGGGGAAACCGGAGAGAGUCGGUCCGGUUGUGGUGGACGAUAUCAAGAGAGACCUGCUGCGGGAGUUCACUGCUUUACCUCAACAGGACGCCGUUCAGUCAGAGAACCUGCAGGUUUACCUGCGGGUUCGACCGUUCACUGCAGCCGAGAGCGAUAAGAAGGAGGCACAGGACUGUGUGACCAUCGAGGGACCGGACACUGUUGUCCUGACGGCUCCCCGCAGCUAUCAAGCAAAGUCCCUCCCACAAACAGCACAGAGGUUCACCUUCACACAGGUGUUCGAUCCCGAGUCCAGCCAGAAGAAGGUCUUCGAGGGGUCAGUUCGGGGUUUAGUCCGGGAUGUUCUGAGCGGAGGAAACUGUCUUGUGUUCACCUACGGAGUCACCAACGCCGGGAAGACCUUCACCUUCCUGGGUCCGGACCAUGACUCGGGUCUGCUGCCCCGGUCUCUGUCGGUGAUCUUUAACAGCAUCGAGGGCCGUCUGUACGCUCGGUCCGAUCUGAAGCCGCAGCGCUGCAGAGACGUCAGCAGACUGACCCCAGACCAGCAGGCAGCUGAGAGCAGUGGCAAGAGGAACCUGCUGAGGCUGCUAAAGGAGAGCGACAGAAGUCAGACGUCGGGCAGAUCGACCUUCCUCGACGGCUCCUCCCUCAGCACCGACAGCAGCGUCUCCGAAGCCGACAGCUUUUCAUUGGACGUUGAGUCAAACGUCCGCUUCUCCGUCUGGGUUUCCUUCUGUGAGAUUUACAACGACAACAUCCACGACCUGCUGGAGCAGAUUCCCAGUGGACACCACAGGAGGACGGUUCUGCGUCUGUCUCAGGACGUCAAAGGAAACUCCUUCAUCAAAGACCUGCGCUGGGUUCAGGUGAGCAGCUCUGACGAAGCCUACAGAGUGAUGAAGAUCGGGAAGAAGAACCAGAGCUUCUCCUCCACCCGACUGAACCAUCUGUCCAGCAGGAGCCACAGCAUCUUCUCCAUCAGGAUCCUGCGGGUGGAGGACGCCGGCGUUCCCAGAGUCCUCGGCAUCAGCGAGUUGUCCCUGUGCGACCUGGCCGGGUCGGAGCGCUGCUCCCGGACCCAGAACACGGGGGAGCGGCUGAAGGAGGCGGGAAACAUCAACAGCUCGCUGCUGACCCUCGGGAAGUGCAUCAGCGCCAUGAGGCUCAACCAGCACACCAAGGUCCAGCACCACGUCCCCUUCAGGGAGUCCAAGCUCACCCACUUCCUGCAGUUCUUCUUCUGUGGUGGUGGCCGGGUCUCCAUGGUUGUCAACAUCAACAAGAACUCGGCCUGCUUCGACGAGACGCUCAACGUCCUCAAGUUCUCCGCCCUGGCCCAGAAGGUGGUGGUGUUGAACUCGAGGCCGGCGGUCCCGGACCUUGGUCCCCACAACUCGGCCAUGGAGCUGUCUCUGAUCAUCGAGGACGCCGAGCGCCGCAGGAAGGUGUCUGGGCGGGGCAGGAAGGUCUCGCUGGUCGCCUGGGAGACGACUCUGGAGGAUGUGCUGGAGGAUGAGGAUGAGGAGCAGGGGGAUGAAGAGGAGGAGAGUGUGAUGGAAGGGACAGUGCUGGAGGCUGAAGGCGAGGAAGACGACGAGGAGGAGGAAGGUGACACGACCGUGGAGGUUGAAGAUGAGCACGGGGACGCGGCUCUGCGCUUGGUCCUGGAAGCUCAGAUCAGAGAAGAAGUCAGCGCUGAGUUCAUGGAGCUCUACAAGAAGAUGGAGAAAGACUACAGUGAGCGCCUGGAGAAGGAGCGAGAGAUCCUCGAGGAGCGAGCUGAGAAAAGAGUGGAGAUCCUGAAGAACCUCGUCAGUAAGACGGCGGACCUGAAGACUGCCGACAACAAGGAGGCCGAUCUGUUGGAGAUCUUCAGCUCAGUGACUGAAGACCUGGAGAAGAUCAGAGAAGAUGCUCAGAGUGUUCACCUGUGUCUGAGUGAGCACGCGCACACUGAAGAGCUGGAAGCGUUGCGGGUGGAGAAGCAGCGGUCACAUGACCAGCUGCUGGAGGCCCAAGAGAUGCUGAAGCAGCAGCAGCUGCACUUAUCAGAACUGAUGGAGAUCGAUCAGCAGAAAGACGAGAUGAUCGGCAGACUGAGGAUGGAGAACCUGGAGAAACCCCACGUGGAGCUUCAGCAGACCUGCAGCUGUCUGAGGAGGACACCAGGAGAGGAGGUGACAGAGGGGAACAGGAAGCGUCAGUGUGGAGCUUUGGUGGAGGAAGAGGAGAGAGGACCAGCAAAGAAGAGAGUGCUGGAGGAUGAGAUCUGGAGGCUGCAGGAGGACAACGACCAGAAGGAGGAAACCAUCAAGGAGCUGAGAGGGAGAGACGAGGAGCUGAGGAGAUGGGAGGACGAGCUGAGAGGAAAGGGGGAGGAGCUGAGGAGAUGGGAGGACGAGCUGAGAAUAAAGGGGGAGGAGCUGAGGGGGCGAGAGGAGGAGCUGAGAGGAAAGGGGGAGGAGCUGACAAGAUGGGAGCAGGAGCUGAGAGGAAAGCGGGAGGAGUUGAGGAGACGGGAGGAGGAGGUGGAGGUGCUGAAGAAGGAGCAGGCUGUCCUGGAGCAGAAGGUGCAGCAGCUGACAGAUCGGGGGGCGUGUCCCCACUGUGCGUCCGUGCUCUCCUCCCUGGAGGUGGAGCGGAGGGAAGCAUCCAGACUGGUGAAGGAGAACAAAGCUCUGGUUAACGGAAUCUUCCAGCUCCAGACGGAGGUGACCAGUCUCCAGACGGCGCUCAAGGAGCAGACUGACAGGUCUGACAGCCCUUCACAGCCGCCGGACAGUGAGAAGACCCGCCUCCAGGACCUGCAGAGCCAAUCAGAGGAGAGGACCCAGGAGGAGGGUCUGAAGCAGGAGGUCGAGGAGGAGGCGGGGCAGAGCAGCAGCAGCAGGGUCUUCCAUGCCGCCAUGGAGAAGCUGAAGAAGGAGAGCCAGGCAGCGCUGGAAACGUCUUCUCAGAAAUCACUACAGAUCCAGGAUCUGCUGAGAGAGAAAAGCCAACUGGAGGAGUCUCUGACGCACAGUGAAAACCGGGUUGCUCUCCUCAAUGAGGAGUCAGCCAAUCAGAGGGCAGAAUUCACGAGUCGUCUCCAGAGCCUGAGGGAGGAGCUUGAGUCUGAAGGCGGAGCUCUGCGAAGUAAACUGGAGGAACGGACGAGGAGUCAGGAAAGGGAGAAGGAAGAGCUGCUCCGAGUCCUCUCCGAAAAGGAGAAACUCAUAGAAGAAUGUCGUGGACAGACGGAGACUCUGAGAAAAGAGCUGGAGCGUCUGAGUGAAGACCUGCAGAGGAGAGAGGAGAACGGAGAGGUGGAGGUGCCGCUGGUGGAGGAGCUGAAGGAGGAGGAGGAGGAGGAGGAGGAGGAGGAGGAGGAGGAGGGAAGCAGCAGGACGUUUGAGGCUGUGAGGAGCGAGGUGGAGAGAGGGAAGGAGGAGGGAGACCUACAGAGGUGUGGUGUUCAAGUCCCUCUUCCAGAGCAGGACGUUCAAUCGUCUCCUCUCAGAUCCAACAAGGCCGACAGGAAGAGGAAGAGCUGUGAGGUUCAGGACUUGGUGUUCAGUGAGAACAAGAGAAACAAAGUAAGAAGCUGUCGAAAAAACAAACAGUCUUCUGUGCUGAAGGAGAUGAGAGACGGCCCUCUUCAGAAGAUCGAGGAGUUGAUCCACAACUCUCCGUCCAUCCUGGGCAGCAAAGCCAAAUCCAUCAUGAGCCUCGUCAGUGGACAUUCAGUAGAUAAGGAGACGGUUACCAGGGCAACCAGACCAAAACGAGGAAGGAGAAAGCUUUAUAAGACUGAGGGCUCGUCUCCACUGUCCAAUUCCCCGAGCGCGAUGGCAGCAGGAGCAAAGGAGGAGAAGGAGAGUGAUCACCUGAUCAUCAAGAGACAGCUGCGCUCCAAUAAAAGCAGGAAGUGACUCGUCCACUGGCGUGGUCAUGUGACAGCACUGGUCUGCAGGUGUAUAAAAUAAUGAUAUCCAUCUUACCGAUGACGUUUUUUUAUAUUUGUAUAUCUUUUUUUUAAUUUUUACUGCUGAAGAGGACAACGCCCCUUUUCCCCAAAUAAAUUACAUCAAAGCUUGUUUGUCGUCUUUUUACUUUUUUUAUCUACUAUCAAAUAGAAUCUUUAAUAGAACAUUUAUCAUUAUGAAUUCUCACACAUUUAAUUCUAAACUGAGGGGAGUAUUAAAUAAUAUGCCCAUUAUUAUAAAUGUAUAUUUGAAUGUUGUGAUUUUUAUUUCUUGGAUGAUAAUGAUGUUUAAUGCUUUACUCGGUCACCAUGGAAACGAACACUUUCUGCUCGGUCCUUAUUAUUUUAAAUUACACAAACGUCACCAACUGACUCAGCUGAGAGUCUCCAGUGAGCAGCAGCUUCAUGAAGGCUCUUCACGCUGUGGCAGCAGGACGACGUGAUGACGAGCGCAGCAUCUCAACGCUGAUUGGCUUUCACAGGACGGCGUCGGGCAGAAACUCGCUUCUCUUGCUUUUUCACAUCCACGCGCAGCGCGUUUUGCGAAAAUUUGCUUCUUUCGCGUCUGGUUUCACUUGAAUGGAAUCUACUCAGCAAAUAAUUUGCUUGGUUUUUGGUGUGAGGGCAGCAACUUUAUCUCUAUUCUACCAACAGGAAACAUGAAAGAAAGGGACUUUAAUGUUUUUUUUGUGAAAGUUACUAAAGUGCUAAAGUUGAGAUAAGCUAAUGUGUUACGUGCUAAGCUAAGGUUAAGAUAUGCUAAAGAUGUGCUCAGCUAAAGUUGCGAUAUGCUAAUGAAGU